UCCUCCGCCGCCCACCACCGAAGAAACGGACGCAGCGCACCUGACAGACGCGUGUUUAGCCUGCUAGCUAGAGAGCUACAUCUGUAAACGCGUAAACCGGUCCCUCUCUUUCAAAGUCAAAACAUUUUUCCUUCGGAUAUAAAAGUUCUGAAAGGGCCCGAAUUGAGAAGAAAGGAGAAGACAAAAGCGGAGAAAGCAGCAAUGCAGAUCACACUAAAGACUCUGCAGCAGCAGACCAUUCAAAUAGACAUCGACGAUGAGCAGACGGUGAAGGCAUUAAAAGAGAAAAUUGAGGCUGAGAAGGGCCAAGAAAGUUUUCCGGUUGCGGGACAGAAGCUGAUCUACGCUGGGAAAAUCCUGCAGGAUGAUACGCCCAUCAAGGAGUACAACAUCGACGAGAAGAACUUCGUGGUGGUGAUGGUGUCCAAGACAAAAGCACCAGGACCGACCGCUCCACCUUCAGAACCACCCAAAUCUGUCCCUGCACCUUCCUCUUCUUCUUCCUCUCCUCCUCCUCCUGUUCCAGCCCCUGCAGCCAUCCCCAUCCCCAGGGACGAGUGUUUAGAUGACCCUCCUGCAACCAUCUCGCCUGCACACAGCCCGGACGGUGACACAGGUCUCAUUGCUGAUGGGGAAGAUGCAUCUUCAACACUAGUCACAGGUCAGGAGUAUGACGCCAUGCUCUCAAAUAUCAUGUCUAUGGGCUAUGAGAGAGAGAAAGUGGUGGCUGCACUCAGGGCCAGUUAUAACAACCCUCACCGCGCUGUGGAGUAUCUGCUCAAUGGGAUCCCUACUGUCCCAGUGCAGGAAACCAGACCUGCUCCAGCUCAGCUCCCCACAGACACACAGCCCACAGAAGGUGAGAAUCCGCUGGAGUUCCUGCGCUCUCAGCCGCAGUUCCAGAGCAUGAGGCGGGUGAUCCAGCAGAACCCGUCCUUACUGCAGGCCUUCCUGCAGCAGCUGGGACAGGACAGCCCCGAACUACUGCAGCAAAUCAGACAGCAUCAGGAGCUCUUCAUGCAGAUGGUGAACGCACCAGUGGCUGAGGGUGAAGGCGAGGGCGGAGAGUUUGCAGAUCUGGGUGCGAUACAUGAUGAAGCGGCAUCUGAGGGUUACAUCCCAGUGACGCAACAAGAGAAAGAAGCCAUCGAUCGGUUAAAAGCUCUGGGAUUUUCUGAACCUCUGGUGGUCCAGGCGUACUUCGCCUGUGAGAAGAAUGAGAAUCUGGCUGCAAACUUCCUUCUCAAUCAGAAUUUUGAGGACGAAUGAGAGCCGCAGAGCGAGCGCCCACGUGCCCCUUCCCCCUCCACCACACAAGCGCUGCAUCGACUCGGAGCACCGGUUUCCCUCAUUAUUUCUUUGAGUUUACAAGUCAAAGGGAAACUCUCAGACUGGUUGGGGAUGGGGCGGAUCCAAUCAAUCGGUGAAGAAAUUCCAGUGGAAUUGACCGCAUUUGGGGCACUCUAGCAUGUUAAAGAAGUGUGCUUGCACGCGUGAAUACGCCUUCCCUUAGAGAAUAUUAACUUAAUCAGCAUCAAUUGAAAGCAAACGCUCUUAUAGUAGUAUUAUGGGUUCUGAGGAGGUUAGAUGUGGGCACACACCUUUGCUUGUAUGUUUUUUUUUUUUUUGUUUAAGUUGGGCAAAGGAUUAAAAAAAUUGUGUCUAAUGGAGGUUUUAUAUAUUUCUCUAAAAUCUGAGAUAUUUCUGUAUUUUUCCCAGCACACACCUCUGAUGAAUGUGAUAACAGCAUUGAAAUAUGAAACCGUUUGUGCAAACUACAGCAUUUUAUAAUAUUCUCAGCAAAACAAAUGACCUAAAUUGAUGCUGUUUUGUAAAUGAAUCCAUAUUGUGUGAAAUAUCAUAAUCAGAGUGAUGAUCGGUACAGGUUUGAAUGUAGUUGAAUGGAAGAAACACAAUAGGUCAUGUGUCCUAUUUAAAGUCAACAUGAAAAGGCAAUCGUAAGCUGUUUAACUCAUGUAAUCUGAUGUAUUUGAAAGUUUAAGAGGAAAUCCAAUUCACAAAAAUGAGGGAUUUGUUGCUUAAUGCCUGACAGUUUAAGUUAUUUUGAUGGAAGAUUGCACUAAAAGUAAAGAAAGUCGAUUUCAUGUUGACCUUAAAAGCUUCUUAUUUAAACUGAUUUCCGUUAACCGUUGAAGCAAAACAAAUCUCAAAUAUACAUAAGGAUAGUUUUUCUUAGACAUUAGCUCUGCUUAUAUUAAUACGAGAGGACAAACCUGUAUGUAAAACAAAGCAACAAAGGUUUUUGGCACACUAGAGCUCACUGUACUUCCGAAGCCAAAAGCAGAGACCUGUUACAGCGUGAUGAUACUCUGGGCCGCUCAAAUUCUUCAGUCCUGUCAAAGAGAGGUUUUCUUGAAUCGUGUUGGUGUAAAGCUGACAGUGGUUCAUGUAUUGAGAGUAAAGUCUUGUAACAUUCACCUCUUACAGCAGGUUCAGUAGAUGGCAGCAGCUCACCGUAACAUUAUUUUCGCUCCUUUAUAACGUAGUGGCCAAACUGCCAGACAGUUAUCAGCAAGCCUACAUGAAGUCUGACCUAGCGGAUUUUGGGAAUUACAAAUAAAAACGUAAUCUUUGGUCAAUGCAUUGUUUUUAUUGGUGGCCGAAUAAUGUAUUAGUCAAUUCUUUGAUGUAUUAAUGUGGUGAAAUCAGCAGAGAUUUGUGGAUGUAGAUUUCAUGUAGGCCUGUUUUUAAUUUUUAAUUUUUUAAUUUUUAAUUAAUUUUUUUAAUUCAGUUGAUUUAUUAUAGCUUGAACUCCCCUGGGAACAAUAAAACUUUGUUGCCAAGAAAA